UCGUCUGGAGGACAGGAAUCCCACAAUAGCAGGCAGAGGAGAGUUUUUUCUCGGCAGAGCUGAGCUAGUGGCCGUUUCAAUCAAAGGGAAGUCAGAGGGAAGGGAGGUCCUGCGGAGAGAUGUAAGAUGGCAGAGCUACAAAUGCUGUUAGAUGAGGAGAUCCCGGCCGGGAAAAGAGCGCUUGUAGAGAGUUACCAAAACCUGACCAGAGUAGCAGACUACUGCGAGAACAAUUAUGUCCAGGCCCAGGAUAAAAGGAAAGCACUGGAAGAGACCAAAGCCUACACCACCCAGUCCCUGGCCAGCGUGGCCUACCAGAUCAAUGCCUUAGCCAACAAUGUCCUGCAGCUGCUGGACAUCCAAGCCUCGCAGCUGCGCCGCAUGGAGUCCUCCAUUAACCACAUCUCUCAGACUGUGGACAUCCAUAAAGAGAAGGUGGCGAGGCGAGAGAUUGGGAUCCUGACCACGAACAAGAACACGUCAAGGACCCAUAAGAUUAUAGCGCCGGCCAAUGUGGAGCGGCCGGUCAGGUACAUCAGGAAGCCUAUUGAUUACACUGUCCUGGAUGACGUCGGUCAUGGCGUUAAGUGGCUAAAAGCCAAGCAACAUGGAAACAAUCAAGCCGUCAGAGCAGGAACACUAUCGAGGACCAAUCCGCCGACGCAGAAGCCACCUAGCCCACCGAUGUCGGGGCGCGGCACCCUCGGACGCAACACGCCCUACAAGACCCUGGAGCCGGUAAAGCCGCCCACGGUGCCCAACGACUACAUGACCAGUCCGGCCAGGAUGGGCAGCCAGCACGGCCAGCACAGCCCCGGACGCACGGCGUCGCUCAACCAGAGGCAACGCACGCACAGUGGAAGCAGCGGGGGCAGCAGCAGCCGGGAGAACAGCGGCAGCAGUGGAAUUGGCAUUCCCAUCGCCGUGCCUACACCCUCCAUUCCCAACUCUGGCCCAGCCCCGCCCAUAUCCGCUCCGCCACCCCCACCCCCUCCUCCACUACCUCCACCUGCUCCUCCCGUGCCCGGGGUCGCCCCCCCGGCACCACCACCACCACCACCACCACCACCCAUAGCGGUGGCCCCUGGGCCCGGUCUUGGCCCCGCUCCAAUGUCCCAGUUUGGAACCAUCUCGCGGCAGAUUUCGCGACACAACCCCUCCAACUCCUCUGUCUCUAUGGUUUCGGCCACGGGCACCUACCGCCGGGCGCCAUCGGUCACUUCGCAGUUCUCCCUGCAGCAGCAGCAGCAGCAACUACAGCAGCAGCAGCAGCAGCAACUACAGCAGCAGCAACUACAGCAGCAACUACAGCAGCCUCAUAUUAACGGAGGCACUCCUGGCUACGGCCAGAACUCAAUGUCUGUCGCUCCUCCUCCUCCCCCCAUGCCCCAGCUGACUCCACAGAUCCCCCUGACUGGCUUUGUGGCCAGGAUGCAGGAGAGCAUUGCAGACACUCCUACUCCACCUCCCCCGCCUCCCCCGGACGACAUCCCCAUGUUUGACGACUCUCCUCCUCCGCCUCCACCACCUCCGGUGGAUUACGAGGAGGAGGACGCCGCGGUCGUGCAUUACAACGACCCCUACGCCGACGGAGACCCGCAGUGGGCCCCCAAGACCUACAUGGAGAAAGUGGUGGCCAUCUACGACUACGCCAAGGACAAGGACGACGAGCUGUCGUUCAUGGAGGGCGCCAUCAUCUACGUCGUCAAGAAGAACGACGACGGCUGGUUCGAGGGCACGAUCAACGGCGUCACCGGCCUGUUUCCCGGCAACUACGUGGAGUCGAUCAUGCACUACGCCGACUGAAGGGACCUCGGAGUGAAAGUACAAGUCUAUUUAUUCAGUCAUAUCCUAACCCACUGAGACUGACAGCAGCAAUCGGACUCCUGAGUCGCAUAGAUAUAACUGUAUGAUUCCCUUUUUUUUUGUUUCUUUUUUUUUAAUAUGGCAGAAUGUUUUUUCCCUUACUGAUUGCAAAUAAAGUGAAAAUUAAUAUCUAUCUAGUUUAUUUUGGUGUGAUAAUGUCAGUUGGGGGACAUUUACAGAAAAAAAAACGAGCUGAAUACAGCUAAGUGUGUGUAAUGAACCAGACAGAAGAAAUUCAGAUCAACAACUGAAGACUUUGAUCAACGUCAGCUAUGAUGGAACAAAUAAUGUUAAAUAAUCUUCAGGUGAAAUAUUUGCGUUUUUCAGAUGCGCUACGACUCGUGUUGGGGUUCUUCAAUGUAAAUCCAGUGAAUGUCAGUAAUGAUGACUUUGAUCGUGGUGCCCUUUUCAACUUGAAUGCUGAAAAAUGAAUGCAGACGGCCUGUUGACACUUUUAAAUACUGUAAAUGGUUUUUGAAAGAACUAUUUCUGAAAAUCAGUCUUAAAAGCAUGCAAAUAUAAUGUAAUCUUAUGUUUGUUGCCAUUAUGCCUCCCCCUUUUUUGUUUUCGUUGUAAAUCUAUUUACUUUUCUGUUGUUACGUAUCACACUGUUGAAAUCACUGAACUUUUUACUCUGAAGUCGAUUUAAGAGCCUUUCCAUGCACACUUUAUAAAUUCAAACCCAUGAAAAUUGAA